UUCUGCUUCAGAGAGGAACAGCAAGCUGACGGUUCAUACCAUUCUCCAACCACAGGGGAACACAUGGAGCUGAGUGAAGAGGAUCUACAUCCAUUUCUGUACUGCAAGCUCGCUGCCUCCCCCGCCUGGGUUUAGUGUCACUGGAAACGCCUGGUGUGGAGGCUGGAGGGCGUUAUAGGAAGAGGAAAGAGAGAGCCGUUAUUAGAGAACCAGCUGAUCAGAGCACAGGCAGAGAGUCAGGGCUUGGGGGUGAACACACUUAGUAAAGGGAUGUUUGUAGAAAAGACAUGGUUCCUUCCGCCUAUAGGAACCCAUGUGAAGAGGGAAGCUUCGUAGGAUGACGUGAGCGCACUUGGGAGGAAUUUAAAGAGGAACAAGAAGCAAAAAGGAUCUGCGCAGUGAGGCUUUCAGGCGUCCAGCAUUGAGUCGUCAUCCCCUGUAGAAAGAAGAGAGAUGUCCUGGCUGUCACCUGUGUCCUGGGCCAAAUGGACCUGGACGGCGGUGCGAGGGGGAGAGGAAGGCGAGGAAGAGGAGGGGAGCGAGAGGGUGCAGGGUGGGGAGCAAAGGGAAGAGGAGGAUGAUGAUGAAGAGCGAUCUCAAGGCUGCAGCUCUGACUCAGAUGGUCAUUUCGACACCCCUGAAGCAGCAACUCCUGUCCACGUGCCACCGAUAGUCCAGGGCGAGCUGGAGAGUGACAACAAAACAGAUGUGGAGCAGGAUGAGCACCUGAUUGUUACAGCGCCAGCUGGGGAUGACAAAAAUUUGCUCUUCCACAACAUGGGUCAAGAUGAGCCUACGACCCCUGUGCUAGACCCACUGGAGAUGAACACCAGGCACCUUGGAGCACAACAAAAUGGCAACCUGUCAGACCCAAUAGACUCUGAGCCCAUCAUUGAUUCAUUCUCAGAGACACUGGUUCCCGGAGUGGAAAAAUCUACAGUUCUCUUGACAGAUCUACCCUGUGAAGAGACAUUGGUUCCAGAAGUGACAAAAUGCACAGUUCCAUCACCAGAACCACCCUGUGACACUAUUCCCGUCUUGGUUGAACAACCGCAUCUGGAUUUUGCUCUAGCUUCUUCUGCUGGUCCUGCAAUAGACUCAGUCCAAGUCAGUGAAGCUGACCUUUACCCUGCUGUGAAUCUCCCAGAAGAGAAACCUCUUGUUGAUUCAGAAGCACAAAACAAUGGUGUCGUCAACCAAUCCGUUGAGUUCAGCUCAAAAACUAAAACACGCAAAUCUAAACCUCCAUCCUUGGAGAUAAGUGACGCACCUAGGGAAGAAGUACAAUCAAGCGAGGAACAAGAACUUGUUCCCAAAGCCUCUUAUAAUUUUGACCCUGACCAGUUAGAUGACAACUUUAAUCCUUUCACUAGUGGAGGUUCCAAAAUCCAGAACUCUCCACCACCAUGCAGUACAAGAACUUUCCCCAGACUUGAGCCACUUGGUAGCUCCCUGCCCGUCUACGAAGACAGUGGAGCAGCAGAAUUAGCAUCAGCAACAGAGUCAACAUCCGAGGCAAAAUCCGUGAUGCUGGAGUUUGGUGUGGAUGAGGGGGCAGUCAGCAAGCCACCUCCAAAGAAAUUAGGAUUGAGAAAGACAACCAGCAAACUCAAGAAGCAAGUCAAGCCCAAAGUGCCAGAGACAUCCUGUGAACCUGCACCAGAACCUAUAAUAUCAGAACCAGUUUCUGACCCAGCAUCUAUUUCUGAGCCAGCUCCAGUAACUAAUUUCUCAGUUUCAGACUCAACUGUGCCUCUAAACCUGGAUGACGUUCCCAUUCCUAGGAAGGGAACAUAUAACUUUGACCCCAGUCAGUGGGAUGACCCCAACUUCAACCCAUUUGGGAGCAACAGCAAGGCGAGCAGUUCUCCAGUGCUCCCCAAAGGCUCCUACACCUUCGACCCAGACAAGUUUGAUGACUCUGUGGACCCUUUCAAGCCUUCUAAAACCCUGAACAACGAGGAUGUGUCCAGUUGUUCCACUCUGCCAGAGAAAAAACUGAAAGACGGAAGCAAACAGAAAGCAGAGCACCCAGAGGGAGAAAAGAAAGUUCGGCAGAUUACCAAGAAAAGCAAAGCGAGGACGGCCAAGACAUCUGAACAAGUCAAGUUUCUCUGUUUUCUGUUGAACCCCUGUCAAGCUGAGAAACAUGAUGAGAGCCAGUCGCAGAUGCAGGACAUGUGCAAACAGGAAGAAGAGGUGGUGGUUCAGACCCCAGAGAUCGUACAGCGAGUUCACCACGCCACUGAUGAGGAGAAGCUGGCGUCCACAGGCAUCAUGGGUCAGACAGACAACCACGAGAAGAAAGGAGAAUCUGAAUGCAGUAAGGAAUCCAGCAAAAAAAAGCCAGUCGACCACAAGCCUAUUGAAGAUGAUCCUGAGACCAAGAUGGCCCACGAAGACCUGAGGAACAUGUGUACAGAUGAUACAUGUGAGACAUCUGUGAAUCUAACCAUGUGCAGCAGUGCUACAGAUACAGAAGUGAUGUCUCAGGACAAAAUUCCUCUUAGUGAGAUAGACAAGGCUGCUGUGCUCACUCUCAUCAGAGAGGAGAUAAUCACUAAAGAGAUUGAGGUCAGUGAGUGGAAGAGGAAGUAUGAGGAGAGCAGAGCUGAGGUUCUGGAGAUGAGGAAAAUUGUUGCAGAGUAUGAAAAGACAGUUGCGCAGAUGAUUGAGGAUGAACAGCAGCAGAAGACGCUGUCGUGUAGUAAGUCAGUCAGGCAGCUGACUCUAGAAAGGGAUCAGGCCCUGGCUGACCUCAACUCUGUGGAACGCUCCUUCGCUGACCUCUUCAGGAGGUAUGAAAACAUGAAGGGAGUCCUGGAGGGCUUCAAGAAGAAUGAGGAAGUGCUGAAGAAGUGUGCACAAGAUUACUUGACACGCAUCAAGCAGGAGGAGCAGCGUUACCAAACCCUCAAAGUGCAUGCGGAGGAGAAGCUGGACAGGGCCAAUGAGGAGAUAGCGCAAGUCCGUGCCAAGGCCAACGCGGAGGGUGUCGCACUAAAUGCCAGCCUGAGGAAGGAACAGAUGAAGGUGGACUCGCUUGAAAGAGCCGUCCUUCAGAAGAAUCAGGAGAUUGAGGAACUCACCAAGAUCUGCGAUGAGCUUAUUGCCAAACUGGGAACAGAAUAAGUCACCAGACAGCCCCUCAGCUCAAAAGAGACCGGUCAUAGCAUCAUGCAGUAUUUGUGCAUGAUCAUACUUAAACUGUCUGGACAUGUGCUUUGCUUACCUCAUACAAAAAUAUUGAUUCAGAGCAGAGAUCAGCAGGACCGUAUGAAAUUAUAAUGAUAUUCAUUCAGACACCAUUCGGAAGAGCUGACAGAAAAAGAUGUGUGUUGGAUUGGACAAAAACCAUAUGACAUGACCAUCAAACAUAAUGAAGGACAUCAGCAUAAAGCACAUUGGUUUACUUCUGGUUAAUAUCUUUCCUCGGCCAUUGAUCUGUAAUUGAUUUUUUUUUAAAUCUUAUAUUAGACAGAUUUACAUUUUGCAAUAUGUACUGCUGAGUUGUUGUUCCAGAAUUGGAGGGUUGUGAAAUCAUGAACAUUAUACCACCAAAAUGUGUGGAAUCAUUUAAUAAGAGCACUUAAAGGAAGAGGUUUGAACCUACACAUUCAGUUAAACGCUUCAUUCUGUAAUAGUUGUUCGACAGUAAUGCUGUGUUGUGCAAUGUGUGAGAAGCACAUUUUGUCACUCCCGUGUAAUUAUGUUUUAUCUUAUAUCUGUGAGUCCAAAUCAAAUGUGCCUUUAUGUUGUCUAUCUUGUACAAAUAAGGAAAGUUGUGGCUCUGUAGGUUCUUCAUACAGUUGUCUCCGUGGCCAAAGUGAACGUCUCGCACGCCCAUCCCGUUAUGUGAUUGCACAUAAGAGUGACUUUUAUAAUGAAUUUGCAGUUUGAACAUGUUCUAGCAUUGACGGCAUUCUCAGGUCUGAUUCAACCCGAGGGAACGUGCAGGUGCAACAAAUGUGAUGGAUGGUCUGCUCCGUCAUAGAAGCACAAUCUAUUGCCAAAAUAAUGUCAAAUGAGAUUCUGUUGCAGUGGUAUUUCUUGCAAUUGAAGGGGCAAAUCCAUGUUACAGUGCAACAGGUGUACAUUUUAUACUCUGCAAAAAGACAUUUAUGCUUUAUUUUGCUCAUAAUAUUUGUAAAUGGAAAUAUAAUACUGCUAUACUCAGUUUGGAUGUUGACUGCUAUAUUUUGUGCAUUCCCAAAUAAAGAGUUAUUGUUUUACUGCUUAA